CACCUAUGCUUCUAGUUGUUGGUCAAUCCAUUUUAUCCAUAAAAACCAAACAUCAACACCUUCAAACUAUCACAUAUCACAUUCCCCAUUUCUCUCCACCAAAAUUCCCACAUCAAGAAAUGGCAAAAACAAUCAUAAGAAGAUCAAUCUUCACCUUCCUCAAAAACUACCAACACCUCACCUCCACCCCAACCCUCCUCCUCCUCCCCUUCGCCGUCUCAUCCCUCCUCGCCCCUGCCCUCGUAUCCUCCUCCCGCCUUCUCCCGCUAGUUCACAACCGCCUCACCGCCCUCUUCCUCGCGGCUGGCUUCCCUCCAUCUCCACCUCUUCUCAACCUCCUCAACCUCAAGCUCUCCCAAACCAUCCUCGCCCUCCUCUUCGUCUCCCCUUUCUCUUACUCGUCCCUCCUCCUCGCCAAAGCAGCCGUGAUCCGAGCCCUACACCCAAACAACAACAUCAACAACAACACACCCUUCAAACCACUCCUCAUCACCCAACUAUGCAACACACUAUUCAUUAUUGCAUCAAAUGCCACAUCCUUCUUCCUCAUAGCCAUCUUCUUCAACUGCCUCGACUUUUUAGGCCUCUCGUCGCCCUCUUCCUCCAUCCUCCUCUCGGCCGUUGGGGUCAUGCUCUACUCCAUCAUCCUUGCUCACGCGUACAUCAUCUGCAACCUGGCCUUGGUCUCGUCUGCAGUGGAGAGGCGCGGUGGAUUCAUGGCGAUCAUCAAGGCGUGCCUCGUGAUCAAGGGCAGAAGUGCAACUGCAUUGUCGUUGGCUCUGCCUAUCAACUUGGGAUUGGCUGCCAUUGAAGCCCUCUUUCAAUACAGAGUUGUUAAAGGCUAUAAUCAAGGCCUAAAUCAGUCAGCCAUUCUUGUUGAGGGAAUACUGAUUGCCUACUUGUAUGGUUUGACACUCAUUCUUGAUACAGUUGUUGGCUACUUGUUUUGGAGAAGCUGCAAAAGGGAUCACCAUAUUGAUCAAGAAUUCUCUCACAUCAUCGAAAUCCAUGUAAUGGGAGAUGAGUUUUGUGCAAAAGCCAAGGUUUUGGGAUUGCUUUCUUGAAUUCUUUUUUUUUCCUUAGUGAUCAAAUGGGAUUCUUGAAUGCUGCUAGAUGCAGACAACAUGAGAGGUGGUGAAGGUGAGAAACAGAGGAAAUAUGAUAAAUCUUGAUUGUUUUUUGAAGAUGAGAUAAGGGAGAGGAAAUUUUUAGCAGUCAUUUGAAAAAAAUUGAAUCUUGGUUAUUUUAAUUCAUUCUUAGCCAAAAGCUUCAUUGCUUUCCCAAAUGGGAAUUGGGUGAUUGGAGAGAUAGUUGAGAUGAUGAAUUUGAUAUUAUAAGUAAAUUUUAGUCGGCUUUGUAUUGCAAUACCAAAUGUUUAGGAUUGUUUAUUUAUCAAGAAAAUACAAAUAAUACUAGU